UCGCUUUCCCGUACAAUAUUUCAUUGAUUUACCUGUAGGAACAAACGAAAGAGCUUAAAUAAAAGCGAAAUCUUGGACAAUCAGAAAAAGCCAUAUACCUUUAUAAUCUCUAGUUGAAAAAAUCUGGUGGUUUUUCUUUUCUAUAUGACUUGUCCUAUGCGUAAUCAGCUCUGGUAAUCGCGUAUUAUUUAUAAAAAGUUGAAAACAUACGUUCGAACAAACACUGCCAGUUAAUAAUGAAAUGGAUAUAGCUGUGAGUGUUUUUUUUUUCAAUUAUUACUCUUUAAAUUUCAAUCAGAAACCAGAUUUUAAAAAGUAAAAUAUGCAAUAGAGAAUAUUCACUAAUUGAUUCAAAUUCAAUUUUAUUUUAUUUGAUAGAAAAUUACAAAAAAAUAUACAAAAUCUUUAUAUAGUACGCAAAUCGUUUGCUAACGCCAGAGCAUCACGAUUGUAUCCCUAGUCUUUUUCUUUUCUUAUUUGCGUGACGGUCGGCAGUUACGAUUACUACCUGGUACCUACCAUGACGAGCAUGAGAUUUGUAAUUCCCGCUCUAAAAUUUACAGAAAUGCAAUUUUAAUCGACAAAAUUUGAUUUACUUAAUUAGUUUCAAUAAAAUAUAAUUUUUUUUUAAUAUUUAUAAACAUGUUUAUAAAUGUUUAACUUCGAAGAAGGAAAAAGUUUUGCAAUUGUUAAAACUCGUUUCGGUUACCUACUGUUUACUCAACUUCCCUGCGAAACUUGCGACGUUUGCCACCAGACGUCCUGCUCAUAGGAAAAUAGCUUCGUUCAGUUCCAUUCUUUUGCUUGUCCUCGUUUCGAGCUAAGGCCUUCCUUGUGGCGACUUGCAUUUAUCUGUUAACAUCCGUUCAGAAACUUCAUCGAAAUGGCUGAUCAAAGCAGAGACGAAUUGGCUUGUGUCUACGCUGCUCUCGUUCUUUUGGACGAUGAUGUAGCCAUCACGGCUGAAAAGAUCCAAACGAUCUUGAAAGCUGCCGAUGUUAAGGUAGAACCAUACUGGCCUGGUUUGUUCGCUAAGGCUUUGGAUGGUCUUAACCUUAAGAGCAUGAUCACCAACGUCGGCUCAGGAGUUGGUGCCGCCCCAGCAGCUGGAGCUGCUGCCGCAGCCCCUGCUGCUGCCGCCCCAGCAGCCAAAGAGGAAAAGAAGGAGGAGAAGAAGAAGGAAGAGUCCGAAGAGGAGGAUGAUGACAUGGGCUUUGGUUUGUUUGACUAAAGGGAAUUCAAUCCACUUCUGUUUUGUGUCAAGUCAUGGGCCAAUUUUGUGUCUUGUGCAAAUACAUCAGGAGUUCCAUAAA